AUGAAGUUGGAGCUGUCCCUGGUGGUGCAGGGCUGUUGGGUGGGUGUGCUGACGGGACUCGGCAGGACAGCACUCCCUGGAGGUGUUUGCUGUAUGUACACCCGCUGCUGCACCAUGCCACAGCUCAUCCAUGACACUCUGCACACACUGAACAACCUGCCCUCCGUCACACAGCUCACCUUGGACACACUGACAGAACACCAGGAAGAGUUCACUGAUGGUGAGCGCUACUACUCAGGUCUUCAUGACACAGUGUUGUACUGCUCUCGCCACAACCCUGUGACCUCAGUCCCCCGAGGUCACAUCAUCAACAAGACGGUGUCUGUGUGGGGUAGUGGCGGUCGUAUCAAGCUGACGGUAGCUAAGUUCAUGGCUCUCCAGAAGGCUGUGCAGCCAGACCUGUACCAGAGCAUGGCAGACGGAGAGACCUGGCAAAGCAACACGUCUCGCAAGAGGGUUCGCAAGUCAGUGGACCGCACCCUGGCCCACCUGGGCGACUGUCUGAUACUGCACAGCAAAACACAGGAGCUGAAUGGGGUGUAGGUGUUGGGGGUGGUGGAGGGAGGGGAUGUUCUGGAGGAGAGGGUGCGGUUGGCCAGGGAGAUGGCCAAGCUGCCAGUAGGAGGAUUCAGUCUGGACGGGCUCCAUACUGCAGCCAUGGAGACACACCCCCGGACCCAGCUCAUCACCGCCAUCAAGGAGCUACCUGAGGACAAACCCAGGCUGCUGCAUGGCUUGGGGCGGCCAGACGAGGCGCUGGCGUGCGUGGAGGUGGAUCUGUUUGAAAGCUUCUUCCCCUUUCAGGUGACAGAGCGAGGCUGUGCCCCCUUCCCCUUCAACAUCACCACUGACCCAGAAUCCACAGGUGCUGGUGUAGAGGCACCCCCAACUGUUGUGGAGUCGGACAAGGACAAGCCAGAUGCUGGCAUAGGUGAGACGACUGGAACUGAUCAUCCCCAAGAAGACCAAACCAAGAUGACUCCUUUUAAAAUCAACCUGAAAGAUGAGAGGUACAGAGAUGACUUCAGUCCGCUAGUGGAGGGGUGUGGCUGCUACCACUGCAGGAACCACAAGAGGGCGUGUCUACGCCACCUGCUAGUGACCAAUGAGCUGCUGGCUGAAGUCCUGCUCAUGCUCCACAACAUGGCCCACUACUGCGCCUUCUUCACCGCCCUUAGGGGGGUGCUGGCCAGCGACAGGCUGGACCUCCUCAAGAAGAGAGUAUUACAAGGACUAGGUAGGAGGUGA